AUGGCCCGAGAAAGCACUCAGGAGCUAGGACCAAGUAUUUGGCAGAUUAUGCAGUGCUCGACGAUCCUAAAGGAAGCCCUCGAGGACGUCCGGGCAGCAACAAAAACGUGCAAACAAGUGGAUGCAGGGCUGCAGGUUCUCGCGGCCGGUCUCAAGCGUAAGCAAGCCCUGCGCAAAAAGUGCCACGCGCUUUGGCAACGCAUCCGGCCAAAAUUGGUUGCUUACUCCGUGCUUUGGAAAAUCAUUGAUACACACCGGCGCACAGAGAUGAACUGGGAAGCCUUACGACGUUUGGUGGCUACACCGAAAGCCUCAGAGCAGAAGUCUGAAGUGGAGGCACAUUGGGACAAGGUGCUACGUCUUGUCACUACACCAAAGGCCUCAGAGUGCACCACGGAAGUUGAGACGGAUGAGGAGCCCCUUGGAGCCUUCUUUACUAUGGCCGUUUUCACGCCGCUCGCUCCUGCAGUUUGUGCGUGA